GCCAAAUCCAUCUCUAAUUUCAUCUCGAGAGAAGAGAAGAAGGCCAACUACAGGGCUACAGUAACACCGACGUCAAAGCCUCACCGUACAGUGCUCUCACACGAGCAAAUGCCAGCAGCUCCAACUCUGCCAACAUCCCUACCACCACCAGCUCGACCUCAGGUGCAGUACCAGGACGUUCAUCACGUUGCUGGUAAAAGGCGUGGUGAGAAGCGGAGGUUAUAUGGUGAAGAACCGGAGCUGGUGAACCGGCCCAUUCAGCCUAAGCCUGCUGCGGCCACACACAUAGCGCCCAGAUUGUCGGCAGCACCUGUGCUCCUGGUGGUUCCUGCACAACCACAGGCUCCCUCCAUGGUACUUCACAGGCCAUCAUGCAGCUUCAUACCUGUAGCACCGCCCCCUGCACCGCCAUCCAAACCGAGCAUGCCUCAUAAAUCUUCGAAGCCAUGUGGGGCCUGCCAAGUACCUCAAUGUGGUGGGCAGCGUAAGAGGUACACACCCUCCAAGGACAAAGCUGCUGGAAGCAGCCAGAAAAUGUUCACCUACUGCCCGGCAACUAGGAAAUCAACCACUUCUGGUUUUGAUGGGGUUGUUUAUGACAGUUUUGAACAUUUCAAAAAUGUGGUUGAUGAGGAAUUAGCAAAGAGGAAAGGCAAUUAGGAAGGCAGCAUCUGUGAGCAGAUUCAGAUCCUCCCUCAUGCCCAACAUUUACUGUUCCAGCACUGUAAAUUGUAAUUGUAAUAAUAAUGUAAUAUAAUGUAAUAUAAUAUAAUAUAAUGUGUAAUAUUUUCCUGCACUAUUGCAUUUUUG